AUGCUACCUCCACCGGGUCUGGAGCCCUCACUCGCCUCCCUCCUCCAAAAUGUUGCCCCGACGGGCAUCCUCUCGUCCAUAGUUGCGACAGCAUCCUCUGCCCUCUCUACCGCCGUUGAAAUGCCACCCUCAACCUCUACGAUAGUUGCUGCCAUCGCGACAGCCACGGCCACUGCAGCUAGCGGGUCACACGAUGAUCGGCCUGCGCAUCCACCUCCAAAUGGGGAAUGCCGUCUUCUUGGGCCCUUUGCAAUAUUCGUACAAGGUGCUUUGGGUUGUCUGGCACUGUUAGCGUUAGUCUAUAAGAGAUGGAGGGAGAGACCACAACGGCCGAUGAAGAUAUGGUCUUUUGAUGUCUCAAAACAGGUUGUUGGUGGCGUGCUAGUUCAUACUGCAAACUUGCUUAUGAGUAUGCUAUCUUCAGGCCAGUUCAGCAUAAAGGUGGAUCCCAAUAAUGCUAGGAAACGUUCGGUUGAUGAGAACGGGAAUUACCAGCCAAACCCGUGCUCGUUCUACCUCCUGAAUUUGGCUAUUGAUACUACGAUUGGUAUACCCAUCCUUAUCUUCCUCCUGCGAAUUUUCACAGCGCUCUUCGCGAUGACCCCUUUCGGCAAGCCUUACGAGUCGAUUGAGUCCGGUAACUAUGGCAAUCCACCAAGGGCCUGGUGGUGGUGCAAACAGUCUAUGAUCUACUUCCUCGGCCUCAUGGGGAUGAAAUUCUGCGUCCUCAUAAUCUUCCUGGUUCUCCCUUGGAUAUCCCGCAUUGGAGAUUGGGCAUUGCGGUGGACCGAAGGGGACGAGGCGCUCCAAGUCAUUUUCGUGAUGUUGGUGUUCCCGGUUAUCAUGAAUGCUACGCAGUAUUAUAUCAUUGAUUCCUUCAUCAAGGGCCAAGUUCUAGAGCAUGCCCACGAGCGGAUACCAGAUGAAGAUGAGGAUUCCGUUGACGGGCGCGGAACCUACCCGUACGAACAUCCAGCGAGGAGCAGUCAUGAGAUGCAUUCGGAGGACGAAGAUGAUCCCGAAGUGCUUGCUAAGGCGGACUUGGAUAGCAAAAUCUCACUGAAGAACAAAAGUAAGACAGCAUCGAGCGGGAGCGGAAGGUCGACAGGACGUCAUGAGCGCAGAAGUUCCCGUAGCCUCCAGACCGGCAAGGACUAUGACCCUAUUUUCGAUGGGGAGUCUAGCCCCACCAUGAUUGGGAGUGCCAGCACCACUGAGAGACAAGAUCUAGUUGCGGAGGCGGGACAGCGGGCUGAUGAAGACCACGCGAAGACACCCGUCGGAUAG